CGAUAUCACAUUCGUAAAUUGUUGAUGCCCUCUCCGUUCGUUUGUAAAUAUUUCAUAGUUUGGCUGCCAUUUUGAUCGUUUUUACUGUGUUCUUCCCAACUAAACAUUGGACAGGUAUGAGGAUCAAUGAAAAAACUUGUGUUAUCGGAACUAAUGUGGUGUUGGUACCUUACAAAGAAUAUCAUGUGCCAAGAUACCAUGAAUGGAUGAAGUCUACUGAGUUGCAGGAGUUGACCGCAUCAGAACCUCUAUCUCUCGAUGAGGAGUAUGAGAUGCAGAAGAGCUGGUAUGAAGAUGAAAACAAAUGUACAUUCAUCAUACUGGACAAGACCAAAUGGGCUUCAAGCACUAAUGAAAUCGAAAGCAUGUGUGGAGAUGUCAAUCUGUUCUUCAAUGAUCAUGAAGCGCCCUCUCAAGCUGAGAUAGAGAUAAUGGUAGCAGAAUCAUCAUGUCGUGGAAAGGGUUAUGGCAAGGAAGCUCUCCUGAUCAUGAUGUACUAUGGUGUGGAUUUCUUGAAAGUUUCCAGAUUCAUUGCGAAGAUUGGAGAGAAGAACACAGUCAGUCUUGGCCUCUUCAAAAAACUUGGAUUUCAAGAGGUAUCUGUCAGCAAAGUCUUUCAAGAGGUGACCCUUGAGCUUGAGGUCAAAGGUCAAUUCCAUGACUGGCUAAAGGAACAGAUGAGCCACUUGCAGAUUGCAGAGUACUCCCCAAAAAGGUGACAUCAGAAUAGCAGUUUGUGAAAAGCAGAUAUUUGUUACUGACAGUGAAGCUCCAACAUGCACUUGUAUGUUGGGUGAAGGUAUAUUAUGUUUACAUGUAAUUGGCAAGGUGCGAUGGCUCAGUCAGUAGAGCGGGGAUUCGUAUUCCAGUGACCCCGGUUCGAUUCCCUCUUGGUGCGCUACUGCCCUUUGGUAAAGCAUUAAUCUUCAGUACAAGGUCCUUGAGAGAGGACCUUAAGCCGGCGGUCCUCUGGUUGCUUGCUUACAAGCAUUCAUGCUUUCUUACCAAUCAGGUAAAAAAAUCACCACCAAUUCAGGAGUUGUGCUAACCGUCGGUCACAGACGUUGUUAGACCACUCAGCCGUAGUCUGGGCCACGUCUUUCAGUAGAUAUCUUACAAUGGCAUUUAGAGUGGCGGAUUAGAAGCAAAAGGUUGCUGAGGAUGACCACUCAGCAUCUGUCACGCAUACCGUGGGCAUUCCUGUAUCCUCCAUUGUUUUGGCUAUGCUGGAAUGGAAGGAGUAGAAGCAAAAAACAAAGAGACAUAGCUCAGACUUCUGUUAUUGUUCCUAAUCAAGGCUGUAAGAAUGGCAACAAUAUAAAAACACAGUGUAUUGUGAUAUCAAAGGUAAAAUGAAUACCGGUAUGUGUGUCCAUGCUUUGGUGAUAUAGUAAAUUAUUAAGGUUUUAAUUUACAUUGUAUUUUAGACAAGAAAUCUGCCUUGAAAUGCUUUUAAAGCUAAAUGAAAGUAGUUGCAGUAAAACACUGAUUUCGUGAGAAAGUCUGUGAAACCAAGGUUAAGUAUUACUAUAUCAUCAUGGAUCUAUAUCUGGUACAGUGACAUAAACUGAACUUUGUGAAAUCAUAAAAUCUAAGCUGCACAAACGAUCACACUGAAGGUCG